AUGACUCAAGUCGAGGAUAAUGAAGCACCUCAGGAUGAAUACGAGGAUAUGCCUGGCGGACCUGGCGCGCCUAUCCCUAUCUCGCAGCUAAUAGGUGUCGCUGGAUUGAGCGAAAGAGACAUCAAACUUGUUGUGGAAGGCGGGUAUCAUACAGUCGAGUCUAUUGCAUACACGCCUAGACGACAAUUGGAACAGAUCAAGGGCAUCUCGGAGGCGAAGGCAUCCAAGCUGCUAAAUGAAGCAAUGAAAUUGGUCCCCAUGGGCUUCACUACCGCGACUGAAAUGCAUGCCCGGCGAAGCGACCUCAUCUCCAUCACCACCGGCUCCAAGAACCUUGACAGACUGCUCGGCGGCGGUAUCGAGACCGGCUCGAUCACCGAGAUCUUUGGGGAAUUCCGCACAGGCAAGAGUCAGAUAUGUCACACAAUGGCUGUUACUUGUCAAUUGCCGUUUGAUAUGGGAGGUGGGGAAGGAAAAUGUCUGUAUAUCGACACUGAAGGCACGUUCCGACCUGUACGUCUGCUAUCAGUGGCGCAACGGUAUGGCCUGGAAGGAGAGGAAGUCCUUGACAAUGUGGCGUACGCACGAGCAUACAACUCUGAACAUCAACUACAGCUGCUCCAGCAGGCUUCUCAGAUGAUGUGCGAGACCCGAUUCUCUCUGCUCAUCGUCGACUCGGCCACGUCGUUGUACCGAACAGACUACAACGGGAGAGGAGAGCUCUCCGCUCGACAAUCACACAUGGCCAAGUUCUUGCGGAUCCUUCAGAGACUGGCAGAUGAGUUCGGCAUCGCCGUCGUCAUCACGAAUCAAGUGGUCGCACAGGUGGAUGGCGGUCCCAGUGCCAUGUUCAACCCAGACCCGAAGAAACCGAUUGGCGGCAACAUUAUUGCUCACGCAAGUACCACCCGGCUCAGUCUAAAGAAGGGUCGUGGCGAGACUCGCAUUUGCAAGAUCUACGACAGCCCUUGUUUGCCGGAGAGUGACACGUUGUUCGCGAUAUAUGACAGUGGCAUUGGCGAUCCUCAGCCCAAAGAUGACAAGGAGGGUUGA